AUGGGUUUCAAAUUGCAAAACAAAAUAGUUUUGUAUUGCUUUGCUAUUAUUUUCCAAUUUUUCUUGCUUGUCAAUGGUUCAAGGGUGCACCAUCAUGACAAUCGCAAUACUUCAGCCAAAGAGAAUUCCAAAUUGCAACAAGUUUCUCCUCCCGUGACACUAACGGUCACAAGUCGAUACGUGGUAAUUGAUAAUGGCAUUGUUCAACUUUCUUUAACUAAUCCUACUGGUUCUAUUUUUGGAGUUAAAUAUAAUGAUUUUAAAAUUUUUUUUCUUCUGUUUAAUUACAUUUUAAAAAUUAAUUAUGUACAUUUUUUCUUGAUUUUUUUUUUUGUCAGGCUUUUAGCAUCAAAAUUUAGUGUGAUAGCACAAGAUGCUAACAAAGUUGAAGUUUCUUUCCAAAAAUUAUAUAAUCCUUUGAAUGGUAACAAUCCUCCUCUAAAUAUUGACAAAAGGUAUGUGAUGCUACGUGGGAGUUCUGGAUUUUAUUCGUAUGGAAUAUUUCAACAUUUAAAAGGAUGGCCAGCUGUAAAUUUGGAUGAAGCUAGAAUUGCUAUUAAGCUUAGCAAAUCACUGUUUCAUUUUAUGGCAAUAUCAGACGAUAGACAAAGAAUAAUGCCAACAGAAGAGGAUCGUGCAAGUGGUCAAACACUAGAUUAUAGAGAAGCUGUUAAAAUUACAAAUCCGUCCAACCCUAGACUCAAAAAUGAGGUUGAUGACAAGUACCAAUAUACAGAUGAGAUUAGAAAUAUUAAAGUUCAUGGGUGGAUAAGUGAUAAUCCACACAUGGGGUUUUGGGUAAUUUCACCAAGUUAUGAAUAUUGUAAUGGUGGACCUAUGAAGCAAGAUCUUACCUCUCAUGUUGGUCCAACAUCUAUGGCUAUAUUUUUCAGUGGGCAUUAUGCUGGGCCACAAUUAGGAGUUUCAUUAACAAAUGGAGAAGCAUGGACUAAAGUUUUUGGGCCUGUAUUUUUCUAUGUUAAUUCAGAUUCUUCCAAUGAUCAUACCAUACUUUGGGAAGAUGCUAAAAGACAGAUGAAUGAAGAAACAAAUAAAUGGCCUUAUGACUUUCCUGCAUCAAAAUAUUAUCUUCAUGCAAAUCAGCGUGGCUCAGUUAGUGGUCAAUUAAUGGUUCAUGACUGGUAUAUAAAUGUAGAUGUUUUUCCUGCAUUAAAUGCAUAUAUUGGACUUGCUGAGCCUGGACUUGUUGGAUCUUGGCAAAGUGAAACCAAGGGUUAUCAAUUUUGGACUCAAACUGAUGAUUCUGGUAAUUUCAAAAUUAAAAAUGUUAGACCUGGAAUUUAUGGUGUAUAUUCUUGGGUCCCUGGAGUUAUGGGAGAUUACAAAUUCUCUUCUUAUAUAACCGUUACGCAAGGAAAGGUCACAAACUUAGGUCAAAUUAUAUUUGAAGUUCCAAGAAAUGGUCCACCACUAUGGGAAAUUGGAUUUCCAGAUAGAACUGCUAAUGAAUUUUUUAUACCUGAUCCAUUGCCUGGUCUUCAAAAUUAUUUGUACACUAACACUACUAUACAUAAGUUUAGACAAUAUGGUUUAUGGAAUCGUUACACUGAUUUAUACCCUAAUGGAGAUUUAGUGUACAAAGUUGGUGUUAGUGAUUUUAGAAAAGAUUGGUUUUUUGCUCAUGUAAAUAGGAGAAAUAAGGACAAGAGUUUUUCAGCAACAACAUGGCAAAUUGUGUUUGAUGUUAAAAAUGUGGAUUCUAGUGGAACUUAUCAUCUUCAUAUAGCUUUGGCUUCUGCAUCUUAUGCUCAUUUACUAGUAUGGAAUCUUCAUCUCUACUCUCAAUACUCAACAUAUUUUAGUUUAUAAAAUUCAUGAAGAAAAAAAUAAUAUAAAAAUAUCGAUCGU